CAUGUGUUCUUAUUUCCUUUGAAACCUAAGUUUAUCAUGUUGCAUUAAUUAAGAUAGUGUCUGAAAGCAUUGGCCUUAUUAAAGUUUAUAGGGGCUACACCCAACUUAUCUUUUUUUGGAGGACUUCAUUAAAGUCACCCCCGUAAACCAUUUGUAAUUUUGUGAUAUAUUACAAAGUUCAUCCCAGAGUUUUGUGUGUGUGUGAUGAUCAGGGCUAGCAUAAAUAGAAGGAAAAAGCCAAGGGGUGUGAUCGGGGUUUAUCUUGAUCAUAACAUAAAUACCGUGAAGAGAUGAGGAAAAAUUAUCUAGGUGGAGGAUUUGUUCCUUCCACAUUAUGGAGAUUCCUCAAGAAAGGCCUACAACACUGGAUUGAACAUGCACAUCAAAGCCAAGAGAGUCACUGAGGGCUUUGUGUUCUUUCAUUUUGGUUUCUAACGGAACCAACAUUGUCGACUUGUGAAUAUUAAUCAUAGUCUGGCACUGUCUCCUGAAACUAGCGGUGUUUUUAUCCCUCGUGUUCCAUAUAAUGAACUUCAUCAUUUUUGGGUUGUUGGUUACGCGAUUCAUUAGGCUUUAUCCUUUCCCAUGCUGUAUAAAAGUAAUUAACGCUACCUGUGGGCUCAGAAUCACUGUCGCAUAUGUUAUUUCUAUUGCAUUCCUCACCAGGCUUUAUCCUUUCCCAUGCUGUAUAGAAGUAAUUAACGCUACCUGUGGGCUCAGAAUCACUGUGGCAUAUGUUAUUCUAUCGCAUUCCUCACCAUCAGUGAGAAAAUUUUUAUCUUCUCUGGUGAGUAUGCUAUAAUAGCUGAGAUGAAGGGCUCUUCAAAGUUUUUGUGGAGGGUUUUUUCUAGCAAGAAUGGUUCUAGAUUUGGGUUCCCUAAUGUGCUUAGAAAUGACUCCAUUUUUGAGUUCCUCUGACUGAGAGAUUCUAGAAGUGGCAGAUUUCUUGCUUCUGGGUCUUCUACCUCUUUUGCCAAAUUCAGAUUAGACAAUAUCUGGGAUGGGUUAUAUUGUGUGAGGGUGGGUGAUUAGUUGUUGUAGAGGUAGGGCAUGGUUGGAAAAAAUGGCAUAGUUUGGAAGACUUAUCCCAUUAGCGCACUAUGAUCUUCCAUGGAGCUUAGAUGAAGGAGUGCUGAGGUCUGUAUCGUAAGGAGAGUUUGUUGCCGAAUGUGUUGUCCAAUGUUUUCAACCGCUUAACCCACAAUAUCUUGUUCCACUUGGGCUAGGUAAGUUGUGUCUUGCAAUUGGAUGACUAUCGGUUGGUUGCCCACCGAUAGUCUCAUUUGAAUCCAUUUCCCCUUCAAUGUCUUUUCCAGCCAUGACGUCGGAUGACGGUCUGACAGUAUUGGGGUUGUGAAAAAGUAGAGAGGCUCGAGCAUUUGGUGGUGAUUUAUCAAAUAAGGGCGUUGGUUUUCGACUUUAAAGUUGUGUCAAAGUUGUGUUUGGUUCGAGUGAGAAUGACUUUUCCGGCCAUAGAGAGAUUAUUAAAGGGGGAGUUAGCUGGGAGAGAGUAAAUUUAUUUGUCUCUUUAAUUCAUAUAAGUAUCUUAGGUGUGAUGAUUAUUCUUAGCGGAUGAGGGUUACUCUAUUUCAAAGAGGCUGAUAUAGAGAUUUCCAUAGGUUCCACCGAAGAAGAUGAGUGUACGUGUCUCGUAAGACACACUAUGAUUAAUUGCAUUAUUAAUGCAAUAUUUAUUUUUACCAUUUUGUUCCUCGGCUUUAGCAGUUUGUAAACAAAGCUUGUGGCUAGAGGGUGUGGGGUCUUGUGGGUCCCCUGGAACCAUUUGGUGAUAGGCCAUGCUUGACCUUUUGUUGGUUCUCAUUCUUCUGGUUACCGGUGUGACCACUUUCGAUUGGUCGGUGGUCAGUGGUGGUUUGAAUUGGAGAGUUCUGAGAAGACGUACCUGUUACCCCAUCACGGCCCUUAACCUAGUGCUUGUGAUCUUGGGUAGUGAAUUUGUUUUCCCGUUUUUGGUUGCAUUCUUAUUUUUGGGGAGAGAGACCAGUUGCCACUCAUUAUUGGUUGUCUUACCGUUUUUGGAGUGGAUGUUGAGGGUAGAUCUAUCUGGUAUUGAGUGGGGGUUGAGGAGGUGCAAAAUUUGGAUAUGUGCCAAUCCUUCCACAUGCAGUGCAUAACACUCCAUCCCAUUCAUACACCAGCAUUUGGAAGUGUGUGCCAAUUGUGCUUUUGUUUUGACUGGUUGUUCAAUUGGCACUUGUAUAUAGAUUCUAGCGUAUCCCCCCCUUAGAGAGGAGGAGGUACAUGUAUCGAUUUUAACGAGUUGGCCUAGUUUCUUCCCUACCCUUUUAGUAUGAGUCUAUCGUAGAAUUCAGUGGGUAGUUGUGGAGUCUUACCCAUAUAGCUGUAUGGGUGAGGGAGGCUCUUUCAGGAAUGAAAUUGGGCUCCCAUUUCUUUACAGAUAGGAAUCCUCCUGUUACAAACCAUGGUCCUCCAUAAAGGACUUUCUGGGCAUUUUCAUCCAGUUCGAUCUUUGCUGUAUAAUAGCAAUGCAUUCCGUAACUCUUGGAGUUUGCUUUUGAGGAUUAUAUUGUUCGUGUCGGGAUCCAAAUCAAUUACAUUCUUCCCUUUUUGCCCGACUUCUUCUGCUGCUGCAUCUCCUCCUGGUGGUUGGUCUUCACUUUACAAGCUAGCUGUAUGUUGUCCAGGGUUACAUCAAGCUGGUGUGCUUUUUGAGAAUUCUGAUUUUGCGUUAGAACGUGAACUUGGCCCUGAUGAGAAUUAUCAAAAUCGGGUUUUUCCUGAAUCUGAAACGAUCCAUUCUCAGCCUGUACCUUGUGGUGAUGUAGCUGAUUGUGGUUGGUCUUUGUUUGAUGAUCUUUUGUUUGAUACUAUUUACGAUGCUUCUGAAUCAGCCCUAAAUCAGCCUGAAGUGGUGGAAGAAGAACCCCAAAAUCUAGUGGUGACCCCAAUAAGAUGGGGUACAAAUAUGCAAUUUGUUUUUCAUUUUUUCUUGUUUUUUUCUGAAUUCGGACAUGCGAAGAGGCAAAGAAUUUACAGAUCGCCUUGUUCACAUUUGGCUUCUGGGAUAUGGAAUUUGAGCCGUGAGCAGGGGAAUAAGCUACUAGCUAGUAGAUUCAAAGGGGAUUAUUUGUACAUAUGUGAUUGUCCUGGUUGUAUUCACAUGGAAGAGAAGAGGAAUUACAUGUUAUUUAGGGGGAUUUUCAAGAAUUUCAAGCAGUCGAGGGUAUGCAGGAUGAUUAAUGAUGGUAACAGGAAGAAGAUUGAUCUGAAUUACACGUUUUGCUCGUCAAAACAGACGUGGGAUCUGCAUUCGGCUUUCUGUUUAAGGAGGUAUUUUGGGUACCAUGACGAUGGAGAACCAGUUGUUCACGCUUAUGUCUGUGAGAAUGGCCAUGUUUCUGGAGCAUGGACUGAUUGGACAUUGUAUACAUGACUUAGUUCAACACCAAUUACGGGCUACUUGGGUUAACUUGAACUGAUUUUUUGGUGUUUUUGUGACUGGCAUUUUGUUACUUUUUCCAUUUUCGGAUGGUUCAUGUAUUUGGGAUUUAUGUAUGUUGUGAUUGCUUACUGUAGUUAUUUUCCAUAUUUGCAUUAUAGAGUUUAAUAGAUGGAGUAUUUAUGUUUA